AUGGCUGACUAUUUAUUAGCCGAACGUCCAAAUAAACGUGCUUAUUUUGGUUCCACAUCUACCAAUAUGUUUGACGCUGACGAUGAUGAUGAACAGUACUUCGCUUUCACUAAAGCUGCUGCCGACUCGGGCUUUCCUAUCGCUGGCGUGAAUGACGCCUCUACUUCUUCAAUUUUGCCCAAUAAAGAUGUCGAGUCCUCUAGUUCCGUGAACUCCAUCGAUAUCACGUCCAAUUCUACCGAUCGUUCGACAUUAAUCGAUGAUGCUAAAAUAAAUACUACUAUUAAUAAGGGCACUGGUGCAAAUAUAGACGUCCCCAACGUAGGCUGUAAGGCUGAGCCAAGCAGCAAGGAGACUGCUGAGAGCGAUACUUUUAAAACAAAUACCUCUCCAAACAGUAAAGUUCGUGAAGCUUUAGCUGAAAAAGUUAAUAUGUCUGAACGUUCUAUUCAAAUUUGGUUCCAAAAUCGUCGUGCUAAAAUGAAAGCUAUGCAAAAACGUGCUCAUUUAAUGAUUAAUCAAGAUUCUCUUGGUCAUCACUUCAUGCCUUGCAUACCCGGUUAUGGUCAUGGUUUAUACCCUUUCCGUAUGCCAAUUCAUCAUGCUCAACGUAUUGCUCUUCCUCGUUCUUAUAGUACAAGUGAUCUUACCCCAACUAUUAAUAAUCUUGCUUUGGCUGGAAUGAGACCUCAACCAAAUUCCGGUCUUGGUAUCACUGUUCCGCAAGUUGCUCAAGGUUUUUGGCAGUCUGGUCCUUUAACUGCUCCAAUAACCUCUUUGGGUGCUGCAUUACAUCUUGUUGUUAAUCCUGCAAAUGGAAUGCCUGUUAAAAUUAAUGAUCCAACGUCCAUAUCGUCGACCCCUCAACAACCUCAACAGUUCACACCUCCUCAAGAAUAUGUUUCUCCGGCUAAUACUGUUUCUGUUAUCUCAUGUGAAACUCUAACCAUUGGUACUUGGCGUCGUAUCUUAACUAUGCAAGCUCCUACUGAUCUUUUAUGUUAUUAUGCGAUCCCACAAAAUACCUUUACUUAUCAUAUUACAAAUGAUAAUACUCAAUUUAAAAUGGAAUUUCCAUUAACCGAUAUUACUUCAAUUGAAUAUCGACCUAUUGAUGAUAUUUAUGCUCAAAUUGCUGUUGAAGUAAAAGAUCCUCCUCAUUUCUAUAUGGAAGCUUCUCAUGGUGGUUGGAAUAUGUGUAAAGAUUUCACCGAGGAUAGACAAGCCACUCGUCACAUGAGGCAUGUGAUGAAAGGUCGUGCUAUUAUUAUGAAACCUCAACUUAUGAAGCUCAUGCAAGAUGAUCCUCUUUUGGCGAAAGUUGUAAAUUUUGUUGAUGAUUCUGAUUCUUUUAUUAAAGAUGAUGAUCAACAAAAUCCUCCUCGUCGCUCUUCUUAUCCAAGUGGUUCUAUUGCUGAUAAUGUUCGGUUUGGAAGUGAAAAUUCUUCCCUUUCAGAUAAAGAAGAUUAUAAAUCUAGUGCAAAUAAUUUACGUAAACAGUUGGUUCUUAAUCGUCGUUCUGUUUCUCUUCCUUUAUCUCCCUCGGAUGAUCAUAAGACCUCUUUUCUAACCGCCAAUGCUACUACAAUGGUUCAAAAUCCUUUACAUGUUAAUACUGCUCUUAUGGAUUUAUAUAAAGCCGAAGUAACCAAUAGUUCUCCUGAAUUCUGUUCUUCACCUAUGGAGCUUAAUUCUUCUCCAACAACUCCUCUCGAUGUGUUCGAUAAUUCUCCAACUUUAAUGGAUUCUUCUCCCCUGUUGAAUCAAGAUCCUUUUGUAUCAUUACCUUCUCAUAAUCAUAGCAGUCUAUCAAUGGACACUUCUAUGAAUUCUAAUGAAAUAGCUGCUAUGGUCAGUUUCGCUCCUACUAUGUCUGGUCAUGGUUUACCUGCUAUGUCCAACGAUGAAUUCGCUAAUAUGUUUAACAUGAGCAGUGGUUCAGAUACUGCUUCUGAUGUUAGUGAAUUUUUGACCUUUAAUGAUUAUGCUAAUGAUACUAUGGAUGGUACUGAUGGCUUUGCCUCUUCAAAUGGAUUAAUAAAUAUUGAUACCUCUUCUUGGGUUGGAGAUGUUGCUUAUUGUUAA